AUGCCGCCCCUGCCCCUCACCCUCAGCCCAGGACCGUUUCUCCUGGCCACCUGCUUGGUGGCUGCACUGCUGUGGGAGGCAGGUGCAAUCCCAGCACACCAGGUCCCUGUCAAGACCAAAGGCAAAUAUGUGUUCCCUGAACAGGAAACAGAGAAGGCCUGGGGUCCCAGAGCCAUGGAGCCUCUUGACAAGGACAACCAGCUGGGGGCACUGCUUCUGGUACCCAAGCAGAAGCCUGCAGCUGCUGAGGAAAACCGUCCAGAUGCCAAGACCUCAGUGGAGAUUAAGGACAUCCUGAGUCGUUUUCGGAAUCCUCUUCAGGGUCCAGAACCGGAUCUUGACAGCAUAGACCAUCCCAUGUUUGAGGAUGUCCAGGAUGAAGAAGUGCCCCAGUCAUGGCCCGUCCUGUAUCGGCAGGUGCUACAGGGGCCAGAGAAGGACCUUGACCACCUCUCCCACUCUAUGGAGGAUUCUUGAGAACCCUAAGCACUCUCCUACUCU